UUUUCAGAAAAAGAAAAAAACUUGUCAUUUUUUUGAAAUUUUCCGAAAAAUUGAUAAUUUUGGUAUCGAAUAACUUUAAUUACAGAUAUGGAUGAUUCACUGAAAUAUCCAUAGUUGAGUGCUGGUCUUGUAAUAGUGAACUUGUGACCAUCCAUGUUGUGGAACAAAAAUGACUAGUUCGACGUUAAUUGCUAUCGCCUUAUUGUGUUCGAGCAUCGGUGUACUAGAUGGAUUCUAUGUACCAGGAGUUGCACCCGUUGAAUUCAAACGAGGCGAUCCGAUCGAAAUAAAAGCAGUAAAGAUAACCAGUACUCGAACCCAACUUCCCUACGAAUACUACUCGCUACCGUUCUGUGCUCCUAAAAAUGGCACUUUUUAUAAAUCUGAAAACUUGGGCGAAGUAUUACGCGGAGAUCGUAUUGUGAAUACACCGUACGAUGUACGAAUGGCUGAAGAUAUCGACUGUCAUGUUCUAUGUCAUGCUCCUAAACGACCGAUGAAAUGGAGUUUUAACCAACAAAACAUCAUAUUGAAUAGAAUCUCGCACGAUUAUUACGUUCAUUUACUUGUGGAUAAUUUACCCUGCGCUACUCGAAUCGUUAAUCCGUCAACGAAUAAUGUAGCUUUCGAACACGGUUAUAGAUUAGGAUUCAUUCGCGAUAGUAAAUCGUACAUUCAUAAUCAUCUGAAAUUCAUUCUUCGUUAUCACGAAGUUUCGAACCGAGGAGUAUACAGAGUGGUUGGUUUCGAAGUUGAAACGUACAGUAUCGAUAAAUCGGAAUUAUCGCUUCGAGAUAAUGAUCCUGUUAACAAUUGCCAACUGCCUCAAAACUUAUUAUCGGCUAAACCUCAGCCUGCUUUGGAACCGAGUAACGGACCAUUGGACGUCUACUUAACGUAUUCUGUGACUUGGAAAGAAUCGGAAAUCAGUUGGGCUUCACGCUGGGAUAUCUAUUUGGCUAUGACCGAUGUUGAAAUACAUUGGUUCUCUAUUAUCAACUCGAUCGUCGUUAUAUUUUUCUUGACAGGAUUAGUUACUCUAAUUAUUAUCCGAACGUUGAGAAGAGAUAUCGCCAAGUACAAUGCUGACGAUGCUGCUGACGAAGCUAUCGAACAAUCUGGAUGGAAAUUAGUCCACGGUGACAUCUUCAGACCGCCGAAAUAUCCUCGUUUAUUUGUAGCCACCAUCGGAUCCGGUGUUCAGAUAUUCUUGAUGUCGAUGAUUACUAUUUUGUUUGCUAUGUUGGGAAUGUUAUCGCCGGCGUCUCGAGGAGCUUUGAUGACAUGCGCUAUAUUUUUCUACGCAGCUAUGGGAGGUAUAGCUGGAUUCGUGUCAGCUCGAAUAUAUAAGACGAUCAGAGGUCGAAGAUGGAAAAAAGCUGCGUUUUUGACUGGAGUUCUUUAUCCUGGUAUGGUCUUCAGUGCGUGUUUCUUUUUGAACUUCUUCAUAUGGAAGAAAAGUUCCAGCGGAGCUGUACCAUUUACAACUAUGUUAUCUCUUUUAUUCAUCUGGUUCGGUAUUUCAUUACCGUUGGUGUAUCUUGGUUAUUACAUCGGUUAUAAAAAACCACCGAUUCAGAAUCCAGUCCGUACCAAUCAAAUUCCUAGACAAAUACCGGAACAGUUGUGGUAUAUGAAUCCAGUUUUCUCAAUGUUGGUAGCUGGAUUAUUACCAUUUGGAGCGGUAUUCAUAGAAUUAUUUUUCAUCUUUACGGCGAUUUGGCAGAAUCAGUUUUAUUAUUUAUUUGGAUUCUUGUUCCUGGUUUUUAUCAUACUAGUCAUUUCAUGCGCGCAAAUAUCCAUCGUUAUGAUAUACUUUCAAUUGUGUGCCGAAAAUUAUCACUGGUGGUGGAGAUCUCUAUUCGUAUCAGGCGGUUCUGCUAUACACAUGUUCUUAUAUUCGAUAUUUUACUUCAUGACCAAAUUACAAAUCACCGAAGCUGUCCCAACGUUGCUUUAUUUCGGUUACAGCGCCAUUAUGGUGGUUACAUUUUGGCUGCUCACUUCAACCAUCGGUUUCUUCUCCGUUUACUUCUUCAUUAAGAAAAUAUAUUCGGCGAUUAAAAUAGAUUAAGGUAAUCAUGCCAAGUCCAGUCUCCAAUACCCCACACUGCGCUUGAAAUAAUUUAAUCAAUCGAGUCGAGCCGUAUAAAUAUGUACAUAUUUGAAACAAACUGACGGUAUUUAGUUUGUUGUAUUCCGAAGGCUGCAGUAUCCAGAUUUUGUGUACAUAGAAUUCGUAUAUGUUUUCAUCGUAGAAAUAAAAUAGUACGUACUUAAAGCAUCGACGUGUAGAAGACAAUUAAUGAGAAAGAAUCGCAUCACAACGCAUCGUGUGUAAAAUGCAUUUAUCGUUUUUCCAUUAUUACCAUGUACCUAUAGAAAGAUUUCUCUCGUCCACGCGUUGUAAUCAUACAAUACGGUUUUUAUUAAAGUAUUUUUUUUUUUUUUUUCGUUUUAUUUAUGUAUAAAAAUAAUGUUGUUGAAGUACGCCAUGUUGAACGUAAUAGGUAUACUGUACGUGUAAACUAUUUUAAUUAAAUAGGUUGUUUAUUUGUCAACAAUUAUUCAACAUUUAUUAUACCUUUGAAAUUUUAUUUUGUACAAUACCUUUAAUGAUGAAUUCGCUUUAACAGAUUUUUUUAAUCAAAAUUAUUUUAAUUAUACCUAUGUAAUUUACGUAGAUAGUGUUGAGAACUAUGGAGAGUCUCUUUUUCUUUUUAUGACAGUUUUUAUUUAUAAGUUUCUUAUUAAAAAAUUGUGAUUUCGAGUUA